UCUCCUUGCGUUCAGUUGCCGUUGAUCGUUAUAAUAGCGCGAUCUUUGUGUUAGCUCUUGGUCUUCCGACUCAAAUAAAUUUAUUAUAUAAUAACGGAAUUUUUACUAAGAAUAAUAAUUUGAAGGCUACUGAACGAAGAGGAUAACAAAUCAAAAUGGAAGACGGUCACUCGAAAACCGUCGAACAGUCUCUGAACUUCUUCGGUACAGACGGAGAGCGCGGUCUUACCCUUGAGCAGAUCAAGGCUAACCAGGCGAAAUAUGGACCGAACGAAUUGCCAACUGAGGAAGGAAAGAGUAUUUGGCAAUUAGUUUUAGAGCAGUUCGACGAUCUUCUAGUGAAGAUUUUGCUUUUGGCAGCCAUCAUUUCAUUUGUAUUGGCGCUAUUUGAAGAACACGAAGAGACGUUCACUGCAUUUGUAGAGCCCUUAGUUAUUUUACUUAUUCUGAUAGCUAAUGCGGUGGUUGGUGUAUGGCAGGAAAGGAACGCCGAGUCCGCCAUUGAGGCUCUCAAGGAGUAUGAGCCAGAGAUGGGCAAGGUGAUCCGUCAAGACAAAUCUGGCAUCCAGAAGGUCAGGGCGAAAGAGAUUGUGCCCGGAGACUUGGUCGAGGUGUCUGUCGGUGACAAGAUCCCCGCCGAUAUUCGCCUAACCCACAUUUACUCCACCACCAUCAGAAUCGAUCAGUCCAUCCUCACCGGCGAGUCUGUGUCGGUUAUUAAGCACACCGAUGCUAUUCCCGAUCCACGUGCCGUCAACCAGGACAAAAAGAACAUUCUGUUCUCCGGCACCAACGUGGCCGCUGGCAAGGCCCGUGGCGUCGUCAUUGGCACUGGACUGAGCACUGCUAUCGGUAAGAUCCGUACCGAAAUGUCGGAGACUGAAGAGAUCAAGACACCACUGCAACAGAAACUGGACGAGUUCGGAGAGCAGUUGUCCAAGGUUAUUUCCGUCAUUUGCGUCGCUGUCUGGGCCAUCAACAUUGGCCACUUCAACGAUCCCGCCCACGGUGGCUCCUGGAUCAAGGGUGCCAUCUACUAUUUCAAGAUUGCUGUCGCCCUGGCUGUCGCUGCCAUCCCAGAGGGUCUCCCCGCCGUUAUUACCACCUGCUUGGCUUUGGGCACACGCCGCAUGGCUAAGAAGAAUGCCAUCGUGCGCUCCCUGCCAUCCGUCGAGACCUUGGGCUGCACCUCCGUCAUCUGCUCUGAUAAGACCGGCACACUCACCACCAACCAGAUGUCCGUUUCCCGCAUGACGAUCUUCGAGAAGGUCGAGGGCAAUGACAGCAGCUUCCUUGAGUUUGAGCUGACGGGAUCCACCUACGAGCCAAUUGGCGAGCUCUUCUUGGGCGGCCAGAGGGUGAAGGCCGGUGACUACGAGGCACUCCAGGAACUGGCAACCAUUUGCAUCAUGUGCAACGACUCCGCCAUCGAUUUCAAUGAGUUCAAGGCUUGCUUCGAGAAGGUCGGUGAGGCCACCGAGACUGCUCUGAUUGUAUUGGCCGAGAAACUGAACGCUUUCAAUGUGAACAAGUCCGGUCUGGAUCGCCGAUCCACCGCCAUUGCCGCUCGUGGUGAGAUUGAGACCAAGUGGAAGAAGGAAUUCACCCUGGAGUUCUCUCGCGAUCGUAAAUCCAUGUCCUCGUACUGCACACCCCUGAAGGCCUCCAAACUGGGUACUGGCCCCAAACUCUUCGUCAAGGGCGCUCCCGAGGGUGUGCUGGAUCGCUGCACACACGCACGUGUCGGCACAAGCAAGGUGCCACUGACAUCGGCGCUGAAGGCCAAGAUUCUGGUUCUGACUGGACAGUACGGUACUGGUCGCGACACCCUGCGUUGCCUGGCUCUCGCUGUUGCUGAUAGCCCCAUUCGCCCAGAGGAUAUGGAUUUGGGAGAUUCCAACAAGUUCUAUCAGUAUGAGGUUAAUCUGACAUUCGUCGGAGUCGUCGGCAUGUUGGAUCCCCCCCGCAAGGAGGUCUUCGAUGCCAUUGUCCGCUGCCGUGCUGCCGGUAUUCGCGUUAUUGUGAUUACUGGCGACAACAAGGCCACUGCCGAAGCCAUCUGCCGCAGAAUCGGCGUGUUCACUGAGGAUGAAGAUACCACUGGCAAAUCCUAUUCCGGUCGCGAGUUCGAUGAUCUGUCCACCGCGGAACAGAAGGCUGCCGUUGCCCGCUCCCGUCUCUUCUCCCGUGUGGAGCCCCAGCACAAAUCCAAGAUUGUUGAGUACCUCCAGGGCAUGAACGAGAUCUCUGCCAUGACUGGUGAUGGUGUGAAUGACGCCCCCGCUUUGAAGAAGGCCGAAAUUGGUAUUGCCAUGGGAUCCGGUACUGCUGUGGCCAAAUCUGCCGCCGAAAUGGUCUUGGCCGACGACAACUUCUCAUCCAUUGUGUCUGCCGUUGAAGAAGGUCGCGCUAUUUAUAACAACAUGAAACAGUUCAUUCGUUAUCUCAUCUCCUCGAACAUUGGUGAAGUCGUAUCCAUUUUCCUUACCGCUGCUCUUGGCCUGCCCGAAGCUUUGAUUCCCGUCCAGCUGCUCUGGGUCAACUUGGUUACUGAUGGUCUGCCAGCUACAGCUCUUGGUUUCAACCCACCUGACCUGGACAUCAUGGACAAGCCACCCCGCAAGGCUGACGAAGGUCUCAUUUCCGGCUGGUUGUUCUUCCGCUACAUGGCCAUUGGUUUCUAUGUCGGCGCAGCUACUGUUGGUGCUGCUGCCUGGUGGUUCAUCGCCUCUAGCGAGGGUCCCGGCCUGUCCUACUGGCAACUCACUCACCAUCUGUCCUGCUUGGGUGGCGGCGACGAGUUCAAGGGUGUCGACUGCAAGAUCUUCAGCGAUCCCAAGGCGAUGACCAUGGCUCUGUCCGUACUCGUAACAAUUGAGAUGUUGAACGCAAUGAACAGCUUGUCUGAGAAUCAGUCCCUGAUCAGCAUGCCCCCAUGGUGCAACUUGUGGCUGAUUGGAUCGAUGGCACUUUCCUUCACUCUUCACUUCGUUAUUCUUUACGUUGAUGUCCUCUCCACCGUCUUCCAAGUGACACCGUUGUCUGCAGAGGAAUGGAUAACUGUGAUGAAAUUCUCAAUUCCUGUAGUUUUAUUAGAUGAAACAUUGAAGUUUGUUGCUAGAAAAAUCGCAGAUGGUGAGAGUCCUAUAUAUAAGAUGCAUGGGAUUGUGUUAAUGUGGGCUGUCUUCUUUGGCCUGCUGUACGCUAUGAUGCUUUAAGAAUAUAAUGAUAAUCCAUAAGCCCAACUUCAUUAUUCUAAUUUCUAGUAUAAAAUGUUACUAAAUAUAAACAGAAAACAAACAGAAACCACAAUUAUAAAUAUCUAACGUAACGACAUAUAACCAAUAUAAAGAUUGUUCCCGAAAAUAUUACUGAUUUCCACCGCUCCACCCACUCCCCGGUAUCACAGAACUACAGAC